GCCAAAGCUAAAGCAAAAGCAAAGCCAAACAUUGAGUCAGUGUUACUUUAGUCGACGUGGUUGACUUGAUCGUAAUAUGGAAAAUAGUGUUACUCACUUCUGUCACAAGAAUAUUGUCUUCUACGACUUGAACGUAACAGAACCUUCAGCUGAUUUAGCAGUUCGUGAUAACUAAAGAACAUUUAUUUGGAUAUUUUGACGAAAAUACCGCAGUAUUUGGGUAUUUGAUCAUCAAAAUCGAGAGGCCCAGAUUUUCACAGCUUCGCAUACUUGUAAUAUAACUCCAGUAUGUCAACUCUUCUGACUCCUUCAGAAAUAUUUAAGGUCCCAAGAACCCUAUCAAAGAUGACUUCCGGUUCGGAUGAAAAACGCGACCGAUUUGUUCGCAGUUCAUCAAUUGAAAAAAUAAUAAAAUUCAACGCCUACAUUUGUUCGCAAAACUACUUCAUUCUCCCGGCCAUCCUGGCGUGGCUCAAAACGUCUCAGUCAGUCCUUCACGCUAACCUGGAGAAAAUCAUCCUCUUCAUAAAGUACUUAAUUUUUAAUUCGAUGGCAUAUAGAAUGCUGGAGUCCAAAGUAGAGCUCGUCGCGCCAUCUGUUUUGUAUAUCAUAAACGUAUCGUUGCUUUGUUUUGCAUACUACAGAGACGCCGUCAGGUUGGGUACAAGAAAGGUUGCCCAAGACGUUAAAUAUCGUCUUAAUAUUGCCGCUUUGUUUAUGAAAAGUUAUGUAUUUAUUGUUGCUGUAUACUUUACCGUAUUUGUAGUUUUCGUGCAGGCCGUCGUUUGCGCUGGCAUAGUUUUGGGAGCGUUUGUGACAGGUGGUCCCACAUUCCUAUGCGUCUGUCUGUACGCAAUGUUAUAUAUUUAUUUAAGAAUUUUGAUGGACUAUUUGCAGAAAAGUGAGAAAAAUGAACGAUCCGAGAAGUGUGAUAUCCUAAGGCCAAAGAAAAUAUUAGCUAAACUAGAUAGUAGUAAAACGUUAAGCUCAAUGAAUCUGUUGUAGAUUAGACUUGCGAUUAGUUCCUGUUUAGGGGACGUUUUUUUCUAUAGGGUAUGUUACAUUCGUAAUUAGCUCGAAUAUAUGACUGCUAGAUGUAGAAUUUAUUGAUCUUUUAAUUGUAAGUUUUUGUACAAAUAAGUUGAAAUAAAAUAUUUUGAUAUUA